AUGUCCAAAUUGUAUACAGACCUCGAGAUUCCACAGUUGAAAAUCACCUUGAAACAACCACUCGGGUUGUUCAUCAACAACGAAUUCUGUCCAUCUUCAGAUGGCAGAGCGAUUGAGACUGUAAACCCUGCAACAGGUAAAACUAUAACCUCCUUCCAAGCCGCUAGUGAAAAAGACGUCGACAAGGCUGUAAAGGCCGCCAGAAAUGCUUUUGAAGGUGUUUGGUCAAAGACAUCUUCUGAACAACGUGGCAUAUACCUUUCGAACCUUUUGAAGCUUAUUGAAGAGGAGCAAGAUACCCUUGCUGCUUUGGAGACUCUAGACGCUGGUAAGCCUUUUCACUCUAAUGCUAAGAAAGACUUGGCCCAAAUAGUAGAACUCACAAGAUACUAUGCAGGAGCAGUAGACAAAUUUAAUAUGGGUGAAACUAUACCAUUGACAUUUGAAAAGUUCGCAUACACUCUGAAGGUCCCAUUUGGUGUCGUUGCUCAAAUCGUCCCAUGGAAUUAUCCUCUAGCUAUGGCAUGUAGAAAAUUGCAGGGCGCACUAGCUGCAGGUAAUACAGUGGUUAUCAAACCUGCAGAGAACACCUCUUUAUCUCUAUUGUAUUUUGCUACUUUGAUCAAGAAGGCUGGUUUUCCACCUGGUGUCGUUAAUGUUAUACCUGGGUAUGGUUCCGUCGUAGGGAAGGCUUUAGGAACACACAUGGAUAUCGACAAGAUUUCUUUCACAGGAAGUACAAAGGUUGGUGGGUCGGUGUUGGAGGCUUCGGGUCAAUCUAACCUCAAAGAUAUAACCUUGGAAUGUGGCGGUAAGUCUCCUGCUCUUGUUUUCGAAGAUGCUGAACUUGAUAAGGCUGUCAAAUGGCUAGCAAAUGGUAUUUUUUUUAAUUCAGGACAAAUCUGCACUGCCAACUCAAGAAUCUAUGUUCAAAGUUCAAUCUACGAUAAGUUUGUUAAGAAAUUCAAGGAAACUGCCGAGAAAGAGUGGGAUUUUGGAAAGAAUUUUGACCCAUUCGACAAGGACUGCGUUAUUGGUCCAGUCAUAUCGAACACUCAGUAUGACCGUAUUAAAAAGUUCAUCGAACUCGGUGAAAAGGAGGAAAAGCUGUCCAUGUUUCAAACUUCGGAGUUCCCUGUUAGGGCAGCCGAGGGCUACUUUAUCCCUCCCACAAUCUUCACUGAUGUUCCACAAACAUCGAAAUUGUUACAGGAAGAGAUAUUCGGUCCCGUAGUGGUUGUUAGCAAAUUCGAAACCUACGAUGACGCUUUAAAACUAGCCAACGAUACCUGUUACGGGCUUGCAUCUGCAGUGUUCACUAAAGAUGUGAAGAAAGCACACAUGUUUGCUCGUGAUAUCAAAGCGGGGACCGUCUGGAUCAACCAAACUAACAAGGAAGAGGCUAAGGUCCCUUUCGGCGGGUUCAAAAUGAGUGGUAUUGGUAGAGAGUCAGGUGACUCAGGCGUUGAUAACUACCUGCAAGUAAAAUCGGUACAUAUAGAUUUUUCGUCGGAUAAAUAA